ACGACAUCAGCUCAAGAACUACAUACUAACUUAUAUAACUUUGAGUACGAUUUCUAUGAAAUCUAUCAUCCAUUGAGAUUGGAUUUCUCCAUCAACACAAGAUGGCAGAUAACGAUCGCAGACAAUCCGCUGGCGGUUAUAAUAACCGCAAAAGGCGUUACAGAGACGACGAUGACUUCGACCGCCGAUCACAACGUCGACGAUACGACGCGCCGCUCCCCGUUCGCAUACGCAAGCAACUCCUCGGCCUAGCUGAAUCUCCUUUGCGACGCUGGCAUGAGGAAGUUCAAUCCAUCGCCCAUGUCGUUGCUAACAACUACGAGGAUCAGGAGCUCCGAACAAGCUUCCUAGAACUAGUACCGCAAAUGCUCAUAGAGCAGCCUCUCAAGACUCCAUUCGUAGCAGCUGUCGUGCUCGUCAUUAACACCCUUAAGCCCGAUAUCCUAAGCGACCUUCUUGCCCGGGUUGCCGUUGCGACGGAGGAGAAGAUCAAAGUGGGCGAAUGGCGCGAUGUGAAAUUGUACCUGAAGUUUUUGGCGUGCCUACAAAGUUGUUUAGAAGGCGAUGGCUUAUUCCCACUUCUUGAGGAGCUCUUUAGCCGAGCUGGAGACCUCCAGACUGCAAGCUCUGAUGAUACAAUUGGGACAGAGCUUGUCAAGACCAUCCUUCUCACCAUUCCAUAUAUCAUGGCGGCGGCACCUACUCAGUGGCAACAAAAGGCGGCUGACCUUAUGGAUAAGACGGAUGUCAUCGCUUCCGAACCUCACGCGCUACAGGUGUUAAUCGACCCAUAUCAUGCCGAGGAGGGAACAGAGAGUCCGACCGCAAACAUGAGUCUCAUUGGCCUUUUACAGAAGCAGCUCCAGAAUGAGGCACUGAAUGGCUGGGAGCUUUCUUGCCUGCCGAGGCCGUGGCAGAUGCCCCCUGAGGAGGUCGAACAACAGGAGAAGCUUGACAACGCACAGAAGCAUGCCUUGCCGACUAUAUCGAUCCCGGAGAAGGUCGUCGCAGGUCCUCGCCCAUUGUUUCCUGAGAUUUACUUCUCGGUUUAUCUUAACCAAGAGAUUGAAUCUGUUCCUCCGGUCAGCAGUAUCGCGUCUUCGUUGAUUCGAGACGGACUCCUCGAUACCAUUAACAUCUUAGACUUCAACCGUGGUGUUACGGCACGCUUCCUCAUCGACGUGGACUGUUAUUUUGCUCCCGGUACGUUCGUCAAGCGCGCCACGCCAUUUGACCGCCUCAGAGAUGUGGAAGGAGACCGCUCAACAUGGAAGCCGGAAGAUGUCGCCGUCGAUGCUGUCUUUUCGCAAUUGUUCGCACUUCCAACACCUGAACACAAGCUUGUUUAUUAUCACUCCGUCCUUACCGAGGCAUGCAAGAUUGCCCCCGCAGCUGUCGCCCCCAGUCUGGGCCGAGCUAUUCGAUAUGCGUACCAGAAUACCCAUCAUUUGGACUUGGAACUAUGUUACCGAUUCCUAGACUGGUUCACGCACCAUCUUAGCAACUUCGGUUUCAUGUGGAAGUGGAUAGAGUGGGUGGACGAUGUCAACCUCCCCGACAUGGAUCCGCGCAAGUCAUUUAUUCUCGGUGCUUUAGAUAAAGAGAUUCGCCUCAGUUUCGCCCAGCGAAUUAAAGGAACUCUCCCCGAGCCUUACCAAGCCCUCAUCGGUCCUGAAAAGGAGCAAGAUACACCAGAAUUCAAGUACAACGAUGAUCGUACGCCAUUUGCCGCGGAAGGCAGGGAGAUUGCCGCUCUUCUCAAGCGCAAGGCUCCAGAUGAAGAGAUUCAGCCUAUCAUUGACCGUAUCCACUCUGCCGCUCUUGAUCAGUCGGUCGACGCGUUUGUCUCUAGCACCGAUGUCUUCAUGACGGCGGUUUGCUGGGUAGGCUCAAAAUCACUCUCUCACGUACUUGCUUGUAUCGAGCGCACUAAAGACAGACUUCUUGAUGCUGGAGCGGCCUCCGAGGCGGCCAGAGCACAAAUCAUCACAGCCGUUGUAGCCUACUGGUCUGCUCACCCAGGCGUCGCCAUUACUAUCAUUGAGAAGUUGCUCAACUAUUCAAUCAUUACGCCUGGUGCAGUCAUCGAGUGGGCACUAGUUAGCGAUCGUGCGGGCCCAUAUGGUCAAGCUCUCAGUAAAACUUGGGUGUUUGAACUAGUGUUUAAUACCGUAGUCAAAGUCACCAGCCGUUUAAGACAGGUCGUGAGCAGCGGCACAAGCCAUAGCGCUGAAGAGGAAGUGGCCGGCAUGCGUGAACUAUUCAAGAACAUGGAGGAUGCCUUGGUCAGCUGGGCGCAAGGUACCAAGGACCAGAUGAUGGACCCCGUGGUAUCCGAAGGUGGGGAGGAUCUCGUGAAGCGCUGGGGUGCGAGAUGGCUCAGAGUGUUCAGACGCAGAUCUGCCAUCGAGGAGACGUUCUUGCUCGAGAACAAAACCGCUUCGUGAACAACAUGUAAGAUAUGCGGGUUAAAGGGUCUCGUGAAAUCGGCGUUAGCAGAAAAAAAAUGAUAUUUGAGCUCGAUGCUGAGGUACCAAAAGGAUUUCUCAGCCGUUCUUUAAUGGCCUUGUAUAAAAUAGACUAGGUAAUUGAUUCACAUUGGGCCGACUGA